AUGGCAUUCCAAGAGUUAAUUGUUAGCGGUUCAACUGAAUUACUGAAAAAUUUGACUUCUGUUGUUUCCCAACAGAUUAGUGAGGUUUGGAGUGUUCAUGAUGAUCUGAAAAAGCUUAAGGGAACCGUGGAGAUGAUAGCAGCCGUAACAACCGAUGCAGAAAAGCAGCAAGAGAAAUCUGAAGUUGUUAAGCUUCUGUUGAAAUGGCUUAUGAAUGUGGUCUAUGAUGCGGAUGAUGUUCUGGACGAGUUUUCUUACAAAGCCAUGCGUGAAUUUGAAAUGAGAGGUGCUCAAGGGAGUAGAGUAUUAGUUACUACACGUAGCCACACAGUUGCUUCUGUUGUUAAAGGUGAUUUCCCACAGUACAUGUUAGGAUAUCUACCUGAUAGUGUUUGUUGGUCUAUCAUCAAGACCAAAGCAUUUUCUCCAGGGGGAGCAUUAGAGACUCCAAAUAUGACAUGUAUAGGAGAGAUAAUUGCAAGAAAUUGUAGUGGUUUACCACUUGCUGCGAAAGUUCUCGGCAAUGUUAUGCGCUUGCAUAAAACUGAGACUGAUUGGCUUUCAAUCAGAGACCAUCAUGGUUUAAAGAUGGAUGAUGCGAAAAUGAAAAUAGUAUCUAUACUGAAAUUACCCUCACAUGUGAAACAUGAUCUUGCCAUAAGUGUCAGCAGCAUUCAUGAUUUCAAGAUUGUGAAUUCUCGUGACAAGGAAUCUUUUUCUAGAUUUCGUCGGUUGAAGAUAGUUUUAGACAAACAAGAUUCAAAGUUGAUUCCAAAAAACCUAGAAAAAACAAAAAACUUGAGGUCCAUUUUUUCCCAUGAAAAUGAUCAUUUGGGAGAACAUUUACUUCAUUGCAAAAAUCUGCGGGUAGUUUGUUUACUUCGUAAGGGAUUUUGGGCUUCAGGUUGGCCUCAUUUUAAAAUUCAAUCCUCGACACUUGAGCAAAAGCAUUUGAGGUACCUUGAUCUGUCUCAGUAUAUUAAGGCACCUAGAUCUCUCGAGGUCAGAUGUCCAAAAGCUACCUGA